AUGGAAAGACAAGAACAAGUGCAAGAGGCGAACAAGAAGAUCUCCUGUGAUGUGAGAAGCACAGACCAGAUUCCAGAUGAUGCCAUCGAGGAGAUACUCAAAGCAUCGAGUGUUGAAACCCUAGCGAGGUUUCGCUGCGUCUCGACGCAGUAUGCAUCCAUGAUUCGCAGCCGAGAGUUCAUAAAAUCGCACUUGAUCAAGUCUUCUACUCGUCCUCUCAGAAGCCUCAUCUUCACAUUCAUGGAGAUGGACGGUUUGGGGAAUCAAUUCGUCUUCUCAGCCAGUCAACCUCAAAAUCAAGGUGAAUCAUCUUCUUCAGCAACUUACCAUAUGAGUUGCCAAAAUCAACUGCACACAACUUCUUCUGCUUCUGUUCAUGGUUUGUUUUGCCAUGGUAAGAUGGAGAUAUAUAACCCUAGCACUAGAAAAUCCAUUACUUUGCCUAAUAGUUCCGCGGAUUACAUUUACUUGGGUUAUGAUCCCAUCGAUGGUGAUUACAAAGUGCUGUGUCUGGUAAAAGCACAAGACUUACGUGUUUUGACUGUGGGAAAGGAUACUUUUUGGAGGAAGAUUCAAGAUUUUCCUCCUCACUUUCGUUGUUCUCCUUAUUCUCCUGAUCUAUCUCUCAAUGGUGUUUUGUAUUAUGGAGUUUAUCAUCAUCUCCCUGAUGGGAUUCUUCUCCACCCUGAUCAUUUGAUUCCUGCGAUUAUGAGUUUUGAUGUUAGGUCCGAAAAAUUUGAUCUCAUAAACCUACCAGAGUUACCAGACAAUAUGAUGCUGUGA